AUGUCAGACAGAAGAAUUUCUCUGAAUACAGAAAACGCUAUAACAUCCACACCCUCUGCAAUGGGUACCAGUGUAAACAACUAUACUGAAGCAGACAAGACUACUGAAGUAAAGGAGACCAAUAAUGAGUCUGAUUCGGAACUAAAUGAGAUCCACUUGCUCAAUUCCAAUAUAGAAACUGAGUACAAAAAGUCUAGGGGUGUGAAAAGGAUCGAGAAUGUAAAAAUCAUGAUGAGUUCGGCUGAACAUGGUAAGGCUAUCACAAUCGCAUUCUGUACGUGUCUUUUAGUGAUUGCAUGGAUUGGUUCUUUGGAUUCUUCAACGACGCCCAAUUAUGCUAUUCCCGCUGCUUCCAAUUUCAGUAGACACUCAAUGAUUUCUACUGUUGACAUAGCAACAGGGAUAAUCGGUUCCGUGGUUUUACCUAUUCUUGCCAAGUUCUCUGACAUUACUUCCAGACCCAUUUGUUUUGGCGUUUCUUUACUUUUUUAUACUGUGGGAACGAUUAUUGCGGCUUCUUCUACGACUAUUAGUUCUUACGUGGCUGGUUCAGUGUUACUUGCUGUUGGUUCGAAUGGUACAGGCUUUGUGAAGGAUAUUAUCGUUGCUGAUUUAACAAGUUUAAAGUGGAGAGGUCUUGUAAAUGCUAUUAUGACAACUCCGUACUUAAUAACCGUCUGGUUCGCUGGUUUGAUCGUUGACGCCGUCUUGAAAACCAACUGGAGAUGGGGAUACGGUAUGUUUUCUAUUAUCAUGCCCGUAACCGUAUUUCCAGCUAUUUAUGUGUUGUAUUACUUUGAACACAAAGCACAAAAGUUUGUUCCUAAGGUGGAGAAGGUAAAGGUAUCGGUUUGGAAAAUCGUCUGGGAUGCUGCAAUUGAAAUCGAUGCUUUCGGUUUGCUUCUCUUAGGCUUUGGUUGGGCUUUGUUUUUAUUGCCUUUCUCCUUGUACUCUUACGCUGAAAAUGGUUGGGCGAACCCUAGUAUAAUUGCAAUGCUUGUAGUUGGUCCCGUAUUAUUGGUAAUUUAUACGGUAUAUGAAAUUUUCUGGGCCCCUUUCCCUUCUAUGCCUAAAAGAGUGCUCAUGAACAAGACAUUUAUUACCGCUGUCGUUAUCAAUGUUAUAUACAUGAUGGCAGAUGGAAUUAGAGAACAGUACUUGUCCACUAUUCUUUGGAUCGCUAAGGAUUGGUCAGAUCAAAAUUGGACUUACUUCAAUAACACCUUGACUAUGUCUUUGUGUUUCUUUGGCGUUAUAGCUGGAAUCACUUGCAGAAUCACGCACCGUUACAAAUACAUGCAAUCUUUCGGUAUUCUAGUCAGAGUUAUAUCUUAUUGUCUUCCUCUUAGAGCUCAGGGAACACUCGCUGAUACUGCUUCAUUCGUCAUGUGCCAAGUCUUAAUGGGGUUCGGCUCGGCUUAUUCUACAAUUGGUACCCAAAUUAGUUCACAGGCAUCUGUUCCUCACCAAGAUUUGUCUUUAGUUAUGUCUUUGGUCCUUCUUUGGUCAACUAUUGGUAGUGCUAUUGGUAGUGCUAUUGCUGCUCCAAUAUGGUCAUCAAAAAUGCCCGCAUACUUCAGAGAAUUUAUUCCAGAUACUUACACUGACGAGGAAGUUUACGGUUUCUACACAGACAUGAGCUCUUUGAGGGCCAUGCAUUACGAUUCUGAUGCCAGACAAGGGGCUAUUAAGGCAUUCUCAUAUGUUGCUAUCUACAUGUUUGCUCCCCCAGUUGCUAUGGAAUUUAUCAACUUUUUAUUGAGUUUCUUGCAGACCAACUAUUACUUGGGUGAUACUCAUAAUGCCAUUGAAGACCAGGAUGGCAAAGAUCCAACCGAUCCUGAUAGGGAAAAAUACGUUCCGCAAAAUACUAAAGAGAAAAUUAUGUAUCUCCUCAGCUAA